AGAGAGGACUGCGCGCUGAGGCGGUGGAGACGUGUCACUUUCUUUGCGUGCGCGCGCGCUCGGGCGCGCAGCGGGAUUAUCAUUACGCACGUUAUGCGGAGCGCUGUUUGGGUGAUGCGUUUAGUGGAGAGGGUUAGGGGAGCUGUGAGCGUCAAACCGGAUAGUCAGCGACAGAAUCAGCACAAUAACCGGAGAGGGAAAGAUGCGGGGGGAUAUUGACUCGUUUUCAGUCGGAGAAGAUGCGCACCACUGAACAAAGGAUUUAGUUUUUAGCGUUUUUUAUGUAACGAAACGGAAUCUCCCUUGUAUUUCAACCCUGACACCAUCAGCCGUUAGGAUCAAUGUCCGUUUGGCUCUAACGGGCUGAAUCUCCGCUGCUUUGGAGUCCAUGUGGAGCGACAGGAGCGUCAAACGCAGCAGGCUGAGCUCAGUCCGAAAUGUGACAUUUUUUAACUAAUACUCAGCACCCCCAUUUAAGCUUGCGACUGUGAACCCCCCAAUACCAGAUCACCUCUGUUUACAAAGAUCAAGAUAUGGCGUUCCCACCUGUGCUCCUCCUGCUGCUGGCUGUUGCUCAUCAUGUCUGUGGCCAGAAUCCGAUUGACUCCGAGGCUCUGCCGAGAGGCUGUGGCUGGGGCCUUGUGCGGCCCUACACUCUCCUCUGUGACCUGGAAUCCAUUUGGGGCGUAGCCGUUGAAUCUGUGGCUGCCGGUGGGACGCUGGCAGCCAUUCUACUUGCACUGGUCCUGCUGUGUCGUCUGCGCCACAUAAGCCAAGCGGAGAAGCGCAGUGGUGUCGGACCCAUCCUCCUUCUGCUCUUGGGCAUCCUUGGCUUGUUUGGCCUCAGUUUUGCUUACCUAAUCGAGCAAGAUGAGUCUCUUUGUCUGAUUCGCAGGGCUUUAUGGGGUCUUCUUUUUGCUGUCUGCUUCUCCUGCCUGUUGGUUCAGGGGAUUCGGCUGCACAGGCUGGGUCGAGAGCGCCGAAGCCCCGGCGGAUGUGCUUUAACAAGCUUGGCAUUAGGUUUGAGUGCUGUGCAGGGUAUCAUUGCUGCUGAGUGGCUACUACUGACAGUGCUGAGAGAAGGGACAGCUGCCUGUCAGUACCAGCCUUUGGACUUCUCGUUAGCCUGCAGUUACGUUCUAGCCCUGCUUCUUGCUGCCUUUACUGCAGCCUCCUUGGCCCUAUGUGGGAAAACCCGUCAGUGGCGCUGUAAUGCUGUUUGGCUGCUGGUGACCUGCCUGCUGUCUUUGCUGCUGUGGGUGGCCUGGGUGGGCUUCUACUUGUAUGGUAACGAAUGGCUGGGCAAGUCCCCAGAGUGGAACGACCCAGCACUUGCAAUUGCCUUGGUGGCCCAGGGCUGGCUCCUGCUAAUCUUCCAUGCCAUUCCUGAAUCCCACAUCUGCUUAAGACCCCCACCACAACCAACUGCUCCAGAUUACUUUGACACAUCCCAAAACUCAACACGGAUGAGGGAGACAAGCUUUGAUGAAGAUAUCCCUCUGUCUCACCGGCAGUUUGUGGAGAACCAGGGCUACGGAUACAACGACGAGAACACAGCAGGCUUAAGGAGUGCAGGCAGCACCACCCAACACAACAGUAACACCGGCGCCAGGCCCAGUGCUCCCUUCCGCAGCAAUGUCUACCAGCCUACAGAAAUGACCAUGAUCCUGAACGGGGGAGCGGUGAGUACUUCUUCCCAGUCACAGGUGCCAUCCGCUCCUCCCACCUACACGGGGCGGCAGCUGUGGUGAGCGACAAGAUGAGGAUAUUUGAAGGAAAAUGGAGGAAGAGGAUGGAGUAGGGAGGAAGGGCUCCAGGAUAGCAGAAGGGGGGAGUAGGCAUCUUUAAGGACUGGACUUUUGGCUCGUAUGCCUACGGGGCUCUUUUCUGUACAGACUUUAUCACUGACUGUGUGCCAAACAAUUAUAGAAUGAAUGUGAGUGAUACUAAGGGAGGGCAGCAUGUGGAGGGCAGAGCUAAAACCUUUCUAGAAUAUAAGUACUUAUGGAAGACUUGCAAAAAUGUGGAGAGUCCAGUAUGCCAGUGGCCAAAAAGAACACUAAAUUAUAUAGAAUUAUUGCCAUAGUCAUACAGUAUCUCUCUUUUUUAUAUAAUUUGUUUCUCUGAAACUCCAGCAAGCCUCCUUGAAAACUGUGAAAGCAAACUCUUUAUUCUGUUCUAGUUCCUCGUCCUGUCACGUGUGAUGUGUUUUCUGCUUUACGGUGCUGGCAUUGAAGCAGAAACCUUUAACUCUGUCCUCCAUUCAUUCACACUGUAAGGGUUGAACCAGAGUGUCGCUCUCUUAAAAAAAUAUAUACUUCCCCUUCUGUUGGUGUCUAUAUACGGGAAUGAGUGUGUUUAUGUAUUCAUUAGAACUCUCACAAUCCCACCAAGCCUCCUCCUUUGGACUGUUAGCCCUGGCCUUUCCCCCUCCUCUUCCUUGCACUCCGACCAAAACACAUAACUGUCCUCACCUUGCUCCAUCAUCCCAUUUGCAUGGACACAUUGCAAAAACCAACUGUGAAACUCUGAAUAGGCAGAGAUGGACAGAAAGUAAGCACAGAAAAAAAAAGUACAUCUGGAGGACUUGAACUCAUCAUGCAACCAUUAAAGCCCUGCAAGAGGUUUAAAAGAUGCAAAGUGGAUGAUGAUAGGACAAGAAAGGCGUUAGUCGUCAGCACGGGAGGUGUGGCUUUUGGAAUCUGGGUCAAACCACUUCACUCUCCCCGCAUCUCCGGUGGCCAGUGGCGGAUGGAGGCAGCCAGGAGAAACCGUCACAUUAGAUCAGCAGGAAGCGAAGUGAGGAAAUGAAUCAGCCUCCUGCUUCCAGUUCCUCUGUGUGUGUUUGUGUGCAAAUAGCAUUUGAGUUUUGUGAUUUUGUGAGGGCUCACAAGUUCUUUUUCUGGUGCUUAAAAUGUUCACAGUGAGGUAUAGAAGUGGCAGAAACAAUGCCGGUGUGGAUGCGUCAAAGUCCAAGUGACAGACUAUAUUUGGAGCGGCUGCUGCUGUGUGAUCUUCUGGAGUCUCAGAGAGAUCCGGUUUACACUGUGGGGUGGAAAAAGGAGAAUCAAAUGCAGGAGAGGUAGAUGCAGAAGGGGGGGCAUAUAGAGAGGAGUGGUGUUAGGACCGGAUCUUCUUCAGUCACUCUGCAAUCUAUAUGAAAAAAGAGCCUUCCAAUCUCCAUGUGUGCAUGAUAUGGAAGAUUAUCCUCCUCCUCACCUUCCUCCUGUCUCUCAAAGCUUAAGUCCCUAUGCCAAGAAUGACUCCAUGUUUCAUGGAGUCUAUAUUUUACACAUUUUCCCUUCAUUGUGGCACCAGCUCUCUGGUUCACCUGAGAAACUGUGUAAAUAGUAGUGCUGUAAAGCUUUGCUUGCCUGUUUAUAUUGUUUUUCUCUUUCUUUUUAUUUUAACGCUAGUCUAAUUAUAAAGACACCAGUCAUGCACUGGAGAAGUGAUUUAAUUCUGGAUUAACUUGCUUGCUUUGUGUUCAUGCUCUGCCUUUUUAAUAUGCAUUUAUUUUUCUCUUGCUUGUUUCUUUUUUUUUUUUUUUAGAUAGAGUUCUGAAAAUGUUUUUGCCAACACUAGAUGUGAUUUUAUUUUUGUUUGGCUAUUGUUCAUGGAUAUUUUGCAUUUCUUUUAAAGGGAUUUACAUUGGCUGUACCUACUGAUCACUGCUUUUAUUUUUAUUUUUCCAGAAAAAUGACUAUAGCUGUGAAUAACUUUCGCACUUCAUGCAGUAAAUAAAAAAGACUAUUUCUAUGAUACUUAGAGCAGAGCAGAGUGGUUGGACCACAAUAACUCAUACAGAGCCUUGCAAAAGUAUUUUCAUCUCCCAUCCAUUUUUCAUAGUUUGUCACAAAGCAACCAUAAAUGUAUUACAUUUUAUUGUGAAACUGUAAUGUAUGACAAGCAGUGAGAAUUGAGAAGGGGGGAAGGCAGGGGAUAAAGAUUUUUUUUUAUAUAUUUAAUAAAAGAAUUACUAAAAUCUUUAACUGAUGGUGUAUUUAGGAUGAUGUGUAGAGUUAUGGUUAGUUUCCCACCACAUAGUAUUUUCCAUCUAGGCUAAAAAGCUCACUUUAGGUUAUAUCUGACCACACAUUUACAGCAUCCUCUACAUUGCCAGUGGCAAAAUACAAAAAAAUAUUUAUUUUAAGUGUCUUUUUUUUCUAUCAAGACUUUUCAAACAGAGUUGUGAAUCCUAACAUUUCCUCCAGAAUAUGCUAUUUUCUUAUAGCCUAAGAUUAAUAACUGAUCUUGCAGGUGUGUUCUUUUGUGGCCUUCAGAGAACAGCUAGUUUUAUAAUGACAUUAAAAUAACUACAUAAUUUGGAGGGAUUCUCUGCUGUUUUUUUUUUUGUUUUGUUUUUAAGAGAGGGAUAAUUAUGCAACAUCUUUAUUUGAAAAAUAAUUUGAAACCAUGUAUUGCUUUUCCAUGCCUUGCAGUUAUGCACCGCUUCUUGUGGAUCCAUACAAUCCCAAUAAAAUACAUAAAUAUUUAUGGUUGUAAUGUGACAAGGUUAAAAAGGUAGGCUAUAAAUACUUUUGCAAAGCCCGAUAAGAUCACCAAAAGCCAUGGUAGUGAUAUCUGAACUUGCAUCAGCCCUGAGCUAAAAAAAAGAUUAGGGGGUUAGCCCCCCCCGAAUGCUGCUGUAUGUUUAUGUCUCAAACUGUGGCUACUCUAAAACAGGACGGCUACUUGCAGGCCAGUUUCGUACCCAGACACAGCUUGUCCUCUCUGGCCCUGCUGUGUUCAGGCCCAUCCUGGUCAGAAACAGAUCAAUGCAAGAAGAAGUGUCCUCAGGGGUUUUCAUGGUCACCAGUACGUUUUGAUACUCUCAUCGAAGGACGGAUGUUUGAAUUCUUGUGAUGUUUUCACCAAGUGGAGUACAAAAAAAAGGAAGAAUAACAACCUGUUGUGACUUUGUAGAUUUUGCACUCGUCAACUACCUAUCUGUGCAUGCUUAAUCACCAUUUCUACAUAUAAGAUCUUUCUCAGACGUACUUUUAAAUAAUAACUAUUUAUGUAACAGUUAUGUGACAGCAAUCAUAAUUUCAGUGUAUAUCAAAAGAUAUUCUCUUUGGAAAACGCAAAAGUGAUUGUUGUAAAGCAAAGAGAAUAAAAUCAGAGGAUAGUCCAAUUUGUGAUUCUCCACAAAGGAAACAACAUGCCAUCUUCAGUGGACCUGGUUAGACUCUCCUUUGCUUGGGUUGAAGACUUGAUGGUUUUAAAAAAAAAGAGAAUAGUCUGAGUGAUAUUGUCUCAGUGUUACAAAUCAAGUAGACUGUGGUGAAAUUUGCACAAAACCUCUAUGUCAAGUUUGAUGUCCCUGGGCAGCCUAUCUGAACAACCCCGCCCUUCCCCCGGGCUUUCCUCACCCAACUCUUCUUGCCUUCAGACUGUCCCAGCAGGGCAGCUGACAGGAGCAGUAUUGGUUUUCACAGCUAUGACUGUGCAGUGAUGAGGCAUGCAUAUGUAUAGAAUCUUAAUUUU